AUGAAAAUUUAUUACUGGAAUGUUCGUAGAUUGGGGAGUCCGCAAGCAGUUAGAAGACUUCAGCAUAUGCUGAAAUUUCAUCAUCCCCAAAUUUUCUUCUUUAUGGAGACUAAAUUGAAUGCCAAUAGGAUUGAGGGUGUUAGGAGACGAUAUGGAUUUUUUAAUAAUGUUGAUGUCCCUGCCGAAGGUGGUGAUUUUAAUGAUAUCCUUUUUGGUCACGAAAAACAAGGGGAUUUACCUAGGGAAGAAGUUCGGAUGGAAGCUUUCCGUAGAACGUUAGAUGAUUGCCAAUUGGUGGAUAUUGGUUUCUCAGGUCCCUGGUUUACGUGGGAAAGGGGUCUAAUAACGGAUCAGAAUAUUAAGAAAAGAAUUGAUAGAAGAGUUGCUACUGACGGUUGGCUCCAACUUUUCCCAACGUAUUCUUUAAGGCAUCUUCCUUACUCUUUCUCAGAUCAUUGUCAUUUGCUCAUUGAGACGAAUGAGGGAGAGUUGAACAGAAGACAUGCUAGAUUCCGAAGACUGAAUAGAAGACUAAAGGAAUUGAAUUGUGAAGAUAGAUCGGAAGGGAGUUUGGCGGAACUUGUGGAGGUGAAAUUACAUUUGAAUAUGGAGAUGGACAAGGAGGUAAGGUAUUGGGAGCAACGGGCAAGAGUUAACUGGCUGAAGAUAGGCGAUAAAAAUACCGUCUUUUUCCACAGAUAUGGUUCCCAGAGACGACGCAUCAAUCGAAUUCGUGGUUUACAAAGAAUUGAUGGGUCUCUUGCUACGGGGGGAAGGACAUUGAAAAUAUUUAUGAAUCAGAGGUUGCUGGUUCCUUACACAGAAGAAGAAAUUGUGGAGGCACUGAAAGAAAUACAGCCUACAAAAGCGUCUGGGCCUGAUGGUUUUCCAGCAAUGUUUUACCAAAAGUAUUGGAAUAUUAUUGGUAAAGACACUAGUGAAUUCUGCUUGAAUAUCUUGAAUCACGGUUAUUCACUGGAAGAUAUUAACAGGACACAAAUAUUUGUGUCGGUGAUAUAUAAGAUUAUUGCUAAGACUGUGGCAAAUCGACUACAAGAGGUGCUGGAUCAUUGUAUUGAUGCAGCUCAGAGCGCGUUUGUCCCUGGGAAGCUCAUUACGGACAAUGUGCUACUGACAUAUGAGGUACUUCAUUCUUUCAAGAACAAAAAAUCUAGAAGAAAAGGGUUUGUAGCUUUGAAACUUGACAUGAGUAAGGCCUAUGAUAGAGUGGAAUGGCCUUUUAUCAAAGGGUUGUCGGCGUUAAUGAGAUUGUCAAGCCAGGAAAGGAAGAUUUGUGGGGCUAAGGUGUGUAGAUCUUCUCCAACAAUCACACACCUUAUAUUUGCAGAUGAUUGCAUUCUAUUCGAUGAGGUGUUGAAUAGGGGGAUAAAUGCUCUUAAAGAAAUUCUUCAGGAAUAUGAGGGCCUGAAUGUGCAUUGUUCGACAAAUAUGGAGAAAUAUUUAGGACUUUCAAAUAGGGUGGGAAGAAAAAAGAAGAGGGCUUUUCAAAACUUGAAAGAUAGGUUGAAACAGAAGAAUAAUAGCUGGAGCAUAACGGUUAUUUCUCAAGAAGGUAGAGAGGUUUUUAUAAAAGCUGUUUUGCAGGCAAUUCCCACCUAUAAGAUGGCAUGUUUUCUUUUGUCAAAAUCCUUAUGUUCGGAUCUGGAAAACAUAAUGAGUUCCUUUUGGCGGCAAAAAGGUCAUGGGAGGAAAAGUAUGCAUUGGUGCGAUUGGAAGGCUUUAAGUGCGCUCAAGAAGGAGAGUGGUAUGGGUUUUCGUAAUCUUUUUCUUUUUAAUAUUGCGUUAUUGGCCAAACAGGGUUGA